AUGUGGUACAGAGGAAGAAAUACUCUCCAGAAUCCGGCACUGCUAUACAUAAAAGAAACUGGCACAGACCCUUCAUGUGAGUCUGACCUGAAAGCCAAUCCUCACCCUUCCUCACCACCAACACCCAGUCUUGCAAGUCGACCAGUGAGGGUGGACAAACAAUCGUCUCUGUCUGAAAGCCCUGUUGCUGUGUCCACAAACAUGCCUGCACUGGAACCAACCCAUGUUCCUGUGAAGCCUGUAUCUGGACAGAACAAGUCAGGUGGACAUUGCUUUUUGCCAGAGACUGAAGAGAAGACAUCUGUUUCAGGUGUAAGACCUCCAGGGCAUCGAGGAGCCUGGUCUCCUAAGCGUUUCAUGGAAGUGUCAGUGAAAAACAUCAUAUACCCUUCAUGUGAGUCUGACCUGAAUGUCAGUGCUGACCCUUACUUAUCCCUUCUCGCUGAUCUUGCGAGUCGACGAGUGAGAGUGGACAAACGUAUGUCUCUGCGCCAACACCCUGUUGCUGUGUCCACAAACAUGCCUGUUUCUGUGAAGGUUUUCGCUGGACAGAAGUCUGUUUCAGAUGAAAGACCUCCAGGACAUCGAGGGCCCAGACUUUGUACAAAUUUAAUUGAUGUGAGAAACAUCGCAGAACCUUCAUGCGAGUCUGAUCUGCAAGCAAUUGCUCACCUUUCCUUACCCCGACUGCCCAGUCUCGCAAGUAGACCAGUGAAGGUAGACAAACGCAUAUCUCUGUGUGAACGUCCUGUUGCUGUGUCCACGAACAUGUCUGUUCUGGAAAUAACCUGUGUUCCUGUGAAGCCUGUUGCUGACCCACAGAAAAGAGGCAGUGUUGUUGUGGCAAGGAAUCUCACGUCUUUUCAGAGUCCAUUUCACGAUGAGGAUGUCAAGAUGAAGAGGGCUCAGCCACCAAAAAGAAUCCAUCCUCUGGUCAGAAGAUUUGCCUUUGCAGGCAAGAAGCCAGACUCCACUGCUUGUACCAGUUUUAAACCCCAGACCCUGUCUCUUUAAGCUUAUAAAGCAUCCACACACAUAACAAAAAGAUAUUAAAAAAUGUGCAUCUAAAAA